AUGGCUCCAUCCCAGUUUCUCCAACGAGCGGGAGAUGACCCGAAAAGUAUUUUCAGUCUCAGUCAUCCAGGGUUCUUCAUCAGUAUGAUUGCUGCACUGAGUUAUCCUCUUUCCCGAGGCUCCGUCCAUAUUCAAUCCGCAAACCCACAAGACGCACCGGUGAUAGAUCACGGGAUGCUCCGACAUCCUGUUGAUCACGAGCUGCAUGCCCGCCAUAGUAUGUGGCUGGAGAAGAUUGCAGAGGCUGAGCCCAUGGCAUCGCUGCUUAAGAAAGGGGGGGAGUGCUGGCAUGCAACAGAGCCUUUGACUGAGCUUGAGAAGGCAAAAGGAAUUUGCAAGAAGCUUGUGCUAUCUGUGUAUCACGUCAGUGGGACCUGUGCUAUGAUGGCCCGAGAAGACGGCGGUGUUGUAGAUUCUAAGCUGAAGGUUUAUGGGACAACCAACUUGCGUAUUGUGGACGCCAGUAUCUUCCCCUUGGAGGCUCGGGGUAACAUUCAAGCGACAGUAUACGCUGUCGCUGAAAAGGCUGCUGAUAUCAUUCGAUAA